CCUCCCUGCCUCGUCCCUCGCCGCGGGAAACAAACAAACAGCCACACAACCAAAUGCCCUUCAUCGCUCUGGAAACGCGGUCGGCCCAACCGACCGCCGACGAACUGAAUGCCUCCGGGCGCUUUCGCUUCUCGGCCAUCGCGGCCAGUUCCCGGUUCCUCGUGCUGGGCACCACCGGCGGCACGGUGUUCGUCCUGUCCUCGCCGGAACUCUCGCACCAUGACCGGUCCUUCCGCCAGCGGUUUGUCCUGUCGCACAAGUCGGUGCUCGGGUCCAUCACCAGCCUGGCCCUCUUCGAUCCGGAGGAUGUGACCCUGGUGCCGGAAUUUGACCCGGCCGCGCGGGCGCGGCACUCGGCCCUGCUGAGCCGGUGCUUCCUGGCGGUGGGCACCUCCUCCGGCAGCAUCCACAUUUGGGACCUCGGCCAGGGGAGCAUCAAGUGCAAGGAGAAGCUCCUGCUCAAGACCGGCGAUCACCGGGCCCCGGUCACUGCGGUUCACUGGUGGCCGCCGCUGGCCUCGCUCGCGGAUCCGGGUCUCGACUCGCAGGCCCUCGCGCGGAAGAUCUUCAGUUGCGACUCGUCCGGCGAGCUCCGGUCGACCGCGGUGCAAAAUGAGAAGUUCCUCAAUCUCUUCGUCAGCUCGGAGGUCGUCACGCGCAUCCUCCCAGACCUCGGCGACCCGCCCGCCGAUCACAUCGUCCAGCUGGACAUCUCCCUUCACACGAUCCUCGCGUCAACGGUGUCGCGCACGCUCCUCAUCGACGUGGCCACCAAUGCCUGUGUGCCCAUCGGCCGCCGGCCGCGAUUCGGCCAAUAUGGCGCUGCGCACUUUUCCGUGUCCACGGCGGCGGCGGCGCGCGCGCACAUGGCCCAGCGCAUGGCAUCCCAUGCCGCCGCCGCCGCCGCCGCCACCACCGCCCGCACCAGUCCCGAGGGGGAAGAGGAGGAGGAGGAGCAGGAGGAGGACGAUGAUGAUAACAUGUUCUUGCCGAUCUUGGAGCGCGGCGCUCUGGCGCUGGUGUCGCGUCCGGGCGGCUUCGCCUGGGCGGUGGACACCUCGCGCCGGGAUGGCGAGGUCGAGGCCACGCUCGACUUCAACGAGGACCAGUCCCCCGAGGAGGAAGAGCAGGAGGAGGAGGGACACGAGAAGCAGGACGCGGGCCGGCCGCCGCACGGGGAAGAUGACGAUGCCAAUCUCGCCGGUGGGAGCGCGACCGAGGCUCGGAUUUGGACCGGCCUGUCUCCGGCGCAAUCGGCCCUGGCCCGGGAUUCCGGGGCAUUUGCCUGCCCGGUGAAUGGCAUCUCCGGGGAGGCCGGCGGUUCGGCUGCGCCGGGUGCCGCGGCGCCAUCAUCGGUGCCCUUCGAGCUCGGGCGCCUGGCAUCCUUCCUCGAUUCGCAGCACAUGCUGUCCUGGUCGCCGCAGGGCUCGUCCCUGGCCCUGGUGGACAUUGACCUGGUGGAUGUGUCUCUGCGUUUGAGCUUGGCCCCGCUGCGCAUCGACUCCGUGGCCGUGGUCCGACAGCCGGCCUUCCCGACGACCGUCCUCCGGGGCGCCCCGCGGCCCGGGGCGCCGAUCUUCGGCCUCUUCCUGCUGGCCACCCUGCCGGCCGGCGGGGAGGACCCCGGCAUGGUGGUCCCCCCGGCCGGGGGCUCCCCCCCGUUGACCCCGGCCAGCAGCGGCUCCUCGCCCCGGCUGCCGGCCGCCUUCGGGCGCCAGGACCAGCGCAUCAUCUGCCUGGACCUGGUGCAGGGCGGCGCGUGGGCCGCCUCCAAGGCCUUGAUUUCGUGUGGCCUUGGCCGGACCGCCGCCACCGUGGUGACCUCCUUCGCGGAGGAGGCCCUGCAAGACAUUGCCACCUGUGGCCUGACCGCCGGCGAGUGGUCUGCCAUCUCGGCUUUCCUGCCGGCCGCCGACCUCGACCCUCCGGCCGGCUCUGCCAGGCGCGCGGCCUGCGACGAUUCCCCCGAGGAGCCUGGCAUCGAGGAAGUCACGCCUGCGCCUGCCGUCUCGGCGCUGGGCCAGCUGGCACUCGAGAUGGAUAAGUUCCUACCGGCGCCUGUGGCCGCGCCCGUGCCCGCGCCCGCGCCCGCGCCCGCGCCUGUGGCUGCGCCCGCGCCCGCCCCUGCUCCGGGCGAUGCACUGGCUCCGCCUCCCGAGCCGCGUCCAGCCUCGCCGGCUGCCACGCCAGGCCCGGUCCCCUCGGUGGAUGCUCCGUCAGCGAUGUCAACAAGCAGCCCAUCCACCGGGCCGGCCCAGGCGGAGGUGGCCUCGCUGCCCCCGCUCCCGGCCCCGAGCAGCCAACUGCCCCCGUCGUCUUCCUCGCUGUUGAGUCGAACCCUUCGCGAGGCGGCGGCCGCGGCCGCGGUGUCGUCAACGCCCGCCGGCCCGGCGCGCCCCCUCGACCCGGUGUCCUUCCAGGCUGCCCCGCCAGCCGCGCGCGCCCUCUCCCCCGACAGCUUGGACCAGCUGACGGCCGAUUUGCUCCCGCCGCCGGCCCUGGCCAUCCCCAUCAAGAAGGUCAAGAAGCCCAAAACCCGCAAGACCGAUUUGACGGCCAGCGUCGACGACUCGGCCGCCUCGCCCCCGCUGGCCGGGACCAGCCCCAAACUGCCGAAGGAGAGCAAGCGCCGGAAGAAGAAGACCUCCAUCGUAUACUUCGACCAGGCCGACGCGCCGGCAGUCGUGGCGCCCGCCGCGCUGGCGAGCCCGGACGUCGGCACAGAAUCGGCCCCCUCGGCCCCGGUGUCCAUCAGCAUCUCGGCCCGUCGGCGCCGGUCCCGCCCGACGCAUGCCUCCUCCUCGCCGGCUACCCCCCUGGAAGAUCCGGCCUCCUGGGCCUCGGACACGGGGCUCGGAUCGUCCUUCCCCCUGGCCGGCACCACCCCGGCCCAGGGGGACAUCGUCGGGCAUGAGGCCUUCACUGGCAAGCUGCAGGCGGCCCUGCGCAUGUCGCUGCCGGUCGGGACCGGCGCCGGGCCUGGGCCCGGGGACCUGGCCGACCCGGCGGCCCCCCUCGCCGACGAUGCGCCCUCGCUCACGGCCAGCACCGGGGAGCCGGAUGCCGAGCUCUCCUCGUCGCCCAGCUCGCUGACCGACCUGACGCUGCUCUUCCGCCGGUCGGUGUCGGCCGCGUCCUCCCUGCUGAGCCUUGACGCCCCGGAGCAGGGGGCCCCGGGCGGGGCGGCGGAUGACGCCUCGACCGAGAUCGAUUCCGCGCAAACGCCCCUCCUCCAGGAGGAUAUGCCCAGCCUCGUAGAUGUCACGGCCCUGCUGGAGCAACACUUCGCCGAGGACCUCCCGGACGCCGGCCUCUUCAGAACUGCCUUUGCCUCCAUCGCCCUGGAUGCCGGACCGUCAUUCCAGGGGGCCGCAUUCCCGGACACGGCUGCCUUGCUGGACUCGGCUCUGUUGCCGGACCCGCUGCACGAGCAGCUGGAGGGCGCGCUCGGGCCACUGCCUUUCUUCACGGUGGACCGGGUGCCUGCGGUCUUGGCCGCGGCCAGCUGGCUGGCCGCCCAGCCUGCCGAGCGUGUGCUUGCCCUGCUUGAUGGGGCGGACGGGCCGUCCGCCCUUCAGCGCGAGGCCUUCACCGGGGCUGGGUUCCUCCUCGGCCUGGGCGCCCUGCUGGAUGCCGGGCUCCGGCCGGCCUGCCAGCUGCUGGACCCUCGUCUGGCGGUCCUGGCGAGCCUGGUCCAUGGGGAUGAUUCCCUGCUGGAGGAGGCGUUAGAGCUGGUCCGCAUGGCCGGGACCUCGGCCAGCGUCCCCGGCCACCUGCUGGAGUAUGCCCUGGCGGCCGAUCAGGCCGCCGCGCCGUUGGAUGUCGGCCAGCUGGCGACGCACGAUCCCCUGGGGCUCCUUUGCCUGGCGUACCAACUCCAGUCCCUUGGCCAGUCCCCUGCCCCGGGGACCCGGGCCAACGACGCCGCGCAGCAGCAGCAGCAGCAGCAGCAGCAACAGCAGCAGCAGCCUCUCCGAGCCGAUGUGGAGGACCUGCUGGAGAAUGCCUGCGUGGCGAGUCACCCGCUGCUGGGGCACCGGACGGUAGCCCGGCUGCUGGGCUGCUCGGCCCUGCUGGAGCCCGAUGCCGCCCCGGGCCCGGGGGAUCGUGCCUCGGCCCGGCCAUUCGCCCUCCUGGGCCGGUACCUGCGCCGGGUGCUGUGCUCGGCGCGCUGGCACGCCGCCCUGGCGUCGGACGUGUCCGGUGCCCCGGCUGGCGGGGUCUUCCCACCGGAGGCCAUUCUGCUCUUGGCCGAUGCACACACCACCGCCCUCCUGCGGCCGUGGGACGUAGUCACCCGGGCGCCAGCGCGCGAGGCGCUCCUGGCCCCGGAGCCGCGCUUCGCCACCUGGCGACCGGAGCUUCCAUUGCCCCUCUGGGCCCCGAGCGCCGAAAGCCGGGACUUUGCCCUUGCCCAUCCUCAGCGUGAAUGGCUCGACCGCCUCGAGUCGAGUUUGCUCUUCCGCUCGACGGCAGAGCUCCAGCGCCACGCGGCUUCGCGCGCCCGUCUCACUGGUGACUGGGCUCGCUGCCUGGAGCUGCAGCUGAACGCCCUGGAACUCGGGACCGGAUGCCUGGUGUCCGCGGCCGGGGCCGAGCCCGGGGCGCUGUCCUCCCUCUGGGCGCACACCGUGGUCCUGGCGGCAUUGCUGGCUGACAUCGGCGCUCUCGAGCGUGCCCUCGCCUACAUCCCCGAUAAGGCUGCCCUGGCUCAGGCGCUCGAGCUGAUCCAGCAGCUGGAGGCCGCUCGUGUUGCCGACGCCCCGACCGAGGAUCACCCCCUGGCCGCGCUCGAUCGCCACGGUGCCAAUGCGCUGGCCCCCCAUCAGGCAGGCCCCGCGCACAUUUGGGCCCCCCAGGACCCGGCCGGCGGGGUGCUCCUCUCGGAGCUUGUUGUCCUCCAUGCGGCGGCGUAUCUCGGCUCGACGAGCGCCGCGCUGGACAUGCUCCAGCCGGUGGCCGACCUGGGUCUGCUGGUCCGACCGGCCUUCCUCGGAUGCCUGGCCGUCGGCGCGGUGGACUUCAACCCGGCGGAGGCCACCCUGGCUGGCGACACCGGCAACACGGACCGGGCCGGUGCAACCGGGCCCGGUGGCCCCGCCGGCGCCGCCGGCGCCGCCGCCGGUGUUGGCCCGGCCUCCUGGGCAGCCGGGCGCCUGUGGCGCGAGGAGCUCCGCCAGCGUGGCCAGGCGGCCGAGGUCCACGCCAUGGCCGAAACCACGGACAUCUACCUCUGGGGCCGGCGCGAUGCCAGCAUCCAUCCGGCCAUCCAGGCGCACCUUCACAUGCCGGUCGAGGACCAAAGCCCGGCCGACCCGGCGGCCGGCACCGUCGCCCCGGCCCCGGCGGCGGUCCCUGCCACGCCGGCGCCCUCGCCCCGAGGCGGCCCCGGCGGCGGCGGCGGCGGCGGCGGCGGCCUGGCCGACCGGCCGGGGCUCGGGCUCAAGCCCACCCCCGGGGCCUCGCUCCCCAGCCGAACGGCCCAGUAUGUCGAGGAUCAGACCCACUGGGGCGUCCUGGUGGCCGUGCAAACGGCCCCCUGUGCCGCCAACUGCGGCCAGCCCCUCGGCGCGGAGCCCGUGGCCGCCGACCCGAACAACCCCCUCGACCAGCAGAUCGUGGCCUUCCCCUGCGCGCAUGCGGCCCAUCGGGCGUGUCUGCGCCCGGGCCCCAGCCUCGCCGGCCUGGCCACCUCGCCCGCGUCGGCGCCCGCGCCGUCGCCCACUCUGCCGGACUCGGCUGGGCUGGACUUCGUCUGCCCAGUCUGCUCGCCGGUGUCGCUGCCCGGCGGGGCGUCGCUCUUUGACCUCCUUGGUGCCGGGGCCCUGGCCCCGGAGCCGGUGCCCCUGGCGCCCGGCCAGCCGGGCACCCACGGCGCCGCCAUCUGA